CAGUAUUAAUAAUAAUUUUUUUUUAAUCCAUAACUUAAUCAAACUUUUGAAUAAUUGAAAAACAGUUAUAGAAAUUUGAGUUAUUUAGGAGAUGACUUAUACAUUACUUUUAUUAUUAAUUCAAAAAACUUAAAUUUAAAUUGAUUUAUUAAAUCAAAUAUGACAACUGAAUUUGUAUUGAAUCCAAUUAACGCAAACACUGAAAAAUAUCUGUCAACCAGUGAAUCGGAUGAGGGAUCGGAACAGAUGGACGACUCAGAGCCAGAAUAUGAAGUGGAAAAAGUAAUUAAAAAACGCGUAAUCAAUGGUAAAGUUGAAUAUCUACUAAAAUGGCUAAAUUUUAGCCCCGAAAACAAUACAUGGGAACCGAUAACAAUGAUGUCGUGCGAUGAACUAAUUGAUAACUACGAAAAUGAUAUAAAUAAAAGAUUCAAAAUCACUUUCAACGAUAUCUUUGGUGAUAAUUGCAAUAAUAAUGAAUUGUCAAAUGUUUCCGACACAUCACUCGGUAAUGACUCUGGAAUUGGAGGAAUGAGUUUUAAUGAUAAUGAAAAUAUUGGAUGUAAUGAUAACAAUAAAAGAGUUGACACAACAAGAGUUAAGGAAAAUAAACGACAGAAAGCAUUUGAAAGGAGAAAAUCAGUCAAAAAAGUCAAAAGUGUUUCUUCUGAUAAUAAAGAAAUAAAACAAUCGGAUAACCAAACAGAGGACAGAAUCCAACAAAUGGUUGAUAACGAUAGUGAUUCUUCAUGUGAUUUCAUGAGCCAACCGUCUAUUUUUGACUUAUCAUUAUCCGAGUCAAACAUUGUCAUCGAUUUGGAUGAAAUGACUAUAAAUGAAAACAUUAAUAAUAAAAGUGUUGAUAAUUUAUUGAAAAUGUCAGACAAUUCAAAUGACAAUCUGCUGCCAAUUACACCCAACUUAGAGGAUAGAGUCGAGAGUUUUACUUCCGAUAGCUUAGAAGUGACCAAAAAUAAAAAGGUCGAAGUAUUUACCAUCGAUGACAGCGAUGACGAAGAGGAUAGCGUUUAUGAGACACCAAAAGUGUCAAAAGAUCGGACAAAUUAUAGACGAAAGCAAAGAAAUGAAAAACAAAUUAAUUACCAAAACAUAGCAGAAAUUGUCAUCAUUUCUGACUCUGAAGAAGAAUCACUUGUAUCACAUACUAAUGAUACUAAUGAUGAGGAUAUCAAUGAAAACACUACAAAGACUAAAGAAUUGUCAUUUAAAAAUAAUAUAUUAAAUAGUGAUAACAGUAGUGAUAAUAACAAUAAGAUUUACGAUAAGAUAAUUGGCAACAAUAAGAGCAGUGAAAGAGAAAUCAACGGUAAAAACUGUGGCAAUGAUUACGAAUCGGAUGACUCGGAAAAAGAGUUAGUCAUUGAUAUACCGAUAAAUGUGGAUAAAGUGUUGGAUAUGGGAUUAAUUGUAAAUGAAUUUGAAGACAUUGAGGAUCAAUAUGAAUGAUAAAUGUUUUUUUUCAAUUUCUUUUUAAUUUUAACUAUAAAUUUUUAUUUUUGAUUAUGACUUCAUUUAGUUUUUUUAUUAUUGUAUUUUAUAGAAAAUGUUUUUAAUAAGAUAUUCUCAUUAGUUAUUGAAUUUUUGAAGUUUAUAUGUUGUAAAGUAAGUUUUUUAUUAUAGACUUU